UCGACAUUUUGCUGGUUUUCGUGUCUUUAUCAUCGCUCUUUUAGAAAUAUAAGCGAAAAUACAAGACAAUUACUUUAUUAACAUUUACAUAGUAUUCCUUUACAUACAAUAGAAGAUCAUUAACAUCUGAGAAUAAUAACGGAAGAUUCGAAAAAUGGGCGAUAUAAAAUCCUUUUUCCACCAGUGGUGUGCGAAGAACGGCAAAGAACCGCAAUUUGAUGUUAGACCAACAGGACCGAAGCACAGGCAACGUUUCCUCUGCGAACUACGAAUACCUGGCUUCGACUAUGUCGGCGCAGGAAAUUCGACUAACAAGAAGGAUGCGCAAGGAAAUGCCGCGAGAGAUUAUGUUAACUAUUUAGUACGUACGAAUCGCGUGAAUCCAAAUGAUGUACCAAAAGAUGCUGGGAUACCGACAAUGACACCAGAUGCUAUUAAGAAUGAAGUUUCAACACCAAUAAAAUCAGUGUUUCAAGGAGGCAUGGGACCGAAUGACAUUGGUCAAGCAUAUAGACCGUACAAUGAACGUGGCCAGAGUAAUUAUACAUACAUGGAUAGGCUGGCUGAUCAAAAGAAAGUAGAAGAUGCUGAGGAUGUUGACGUGAACUCUGGGAUACAUGGGAACUGGACGAUAGAAAAUGCCAAGUCCAAGCUACAUCAGUUUAUGCAAACUAACAAAAUUAAUGCAGAUUACAAAUAUACUCCGGUCGGUCCGGAUCAUACGAGGAGUUUUAUGGCAGAAAUGUCACUUUAUAUUAAACAACUUGGACGAACUAUAACUGGCCGUGAAACUGGAUCAAACAAACAAACAGCUUCAAAAAGCUGUGCUUUAUCUAUUGUUCGCCAACUAUAUCAUCUAGGUGUAAUCGAAGCAUUUAGUGGUACAUUAAAAAAGAAUAAGGAUACUGAACAGAUGAGACCUUAUCCUGUCAAAAUUUCACCGGAACUGGAGAAUCAGAUUCAUGACGUUCUAAUGAGUUUAGAUAUAAAACCAAUUGAUAUUAAACAGUCAUCGAUUACAACAGAAGAUAACAAUACAACUGCACUGAAAGAUGACAAAGAUACAUUAACUGCUGGCGUAUCUUUGCUAACGAAUCAAGUUUUGGACGAUUUCAUAUCUUCCGUACCGCAACCUGCCGGUGUCGUAAGCUGGUCACCACCUCAGCCAAAUUGGAAUCCAUGGACUGGCUGUAAUAUAGAUGAGGGACCACUGGCAACAACUUCUCUGGAUCAGUUGUCAGAAGAUUUAAUGAAUGAACAACGAGAAAAGCUGCAACAGGACUCCAGUUUGCAGGCAAGCAUCAAAGAAAGAUCAAGUUUGCCCGUUUUCAACAAAAAAAGCGAGAUCAUGAAUGCAAUUAACGAAAAUCCAAUCAUUAUCAUACGUGGAAAUACGGGAUGUGGUAAGACUACGCAGGUUUGCCAGUUCAUUCUGGAUGAUUAUAUCGCAUCCGGCCAAGGUGCAUAUUGCAGUAUAGUUGUCACUCAACCCAGAAGAAUUUCUGCCGUUUCCGUGGCUGACCGAGUCGCCGCCGAGAGAUGCGAGGCUUUGGGACAAUCGAUUGGAUAUUCCGUGAGAUUUGAGUCGUACUUGCCGAGACCCUAUGCCAGUAUAAUGUUUUGCACUAUUGGUGUACUCUUGAGAAAACUGGAGGGUGGCCUUAGAGGUGUAUCGCAUGUUAUAGUUGAUGAGAUCCAUGAGCGAGAUGUUAAUUCAGAUUUUAUUAUGGUGGUGCUCAGAGAUAUGAUCCACCUCUAUCCUGAUCUCAGAAUUAUUCUCAUGUCUGCUACAAUUGAUACAACAUUGUUCAGCGAGUAUUUCAACAAGUGUCCUGUAGUGGAGAUUCCUGGAAGAGCGUAUCCCGUUCAGCAAUAUUUCUUGGAGGACUGUAUACAGCUGACAAAUUUUUUUCCACCUACAAGUUCCGGGAAACGUAAAUCUAAGGAAUCAGACGAUUUGCCAAUACCGGACGCAGAACCAGAAGAAAAUCUGAAUAAAGUCAUCGGCAAUAAUUAUUCUGUUGAAACAAAGAAUGCUAUGGGACAACUGACAGAGAAAGAGAUAAGCUUUGAGUUAAUAGAGGCGCUUCUUAUGUAUAUUAAAAGACAGGAUAUUCCAGGUGCUGUGCUGAUUUUUCUCCCUGGAUGGAAUUUGAUAUUCGCGUUGAUGAAACACCUUCAGCAACAUUCUCUCUUUGGCGGAUCGUCUUAUCUCAUUAUACCACUACACUCGCAAUUACCGAGAGAAGAUCAGCGUAAAGUUUUUGAUCCUGUCCCGUCAUUUGUAACGAAGAUUAUUUUAUCCACAAAUAUUGCAGAAACUUCAAUCACGAUCAACGAUGUCGUCUACGUUAUAGAUUCUUGCAAGGCCAAAAUGAAGUUAUUCACUUCGCACAAUAAUAUGACUAAUUACGCAACUGUUUGGGCCAGUAAAACGAAUCUCGAACAACGCAAGGGUAGAGCGGGUCGCGUUAGGCCUGGCUUUUGUUUCCAUCUAUGCUCAAAAGCUCGAUUCAAUAAGAUGGAUGAACACAUGACACCAGAAAUGUUCAGGACACCUCUGCAUGAAUUGGCAUUGAGUAUCAAAUUAUUAAGAUUAGGCAAUAUCGGUCAAUUCUUAUCAAAGGCAAUUGAGCCACCUCCCAUUGAUGCCGUGAUUGAAGCGGAAGUUGUAUUAAGAGAAAUGAAAUGCUUGGAUAAAAACGAUGAAUUAACGCCUCUUGGCAAGAUUUUGGCGCGUUUACCUAUAGAACCGCGAUUGGGAAAAAUGAUGAUCCUAGGAUGUAUGUUUCGCGUGGGCGACGCGCUCUCGACGAUGGCCGCAAAUAGUACUACUUUUCCUGAGGUAUACAACAUGGGUCCGGAUGUGAAAAGGCUGACUGCUCAACAAAAAUGGUUUGCCGGUGCUAGAUUCAGUGAUCAUGUCGCAAUGUUUCAUGCUUUUCAAGCAUGGGAAGAAGCAAGAACAGGUGGCGAAUGGGCAGAACAAACAUUCUGUGAUUCAAAGAGUCUGAGUCUACCAACUUUACGAAUUACCUGGGAAGCUAAGAACCAACUACAAGCGCUAUUGCAAAGCGCUGGUUUUCCCGAGGAAACUCUGUGCCCCAUGCCACUAAAUUAUCAAGCAGGUGCGGAUCCACGCCUCGACACCAUCACUGCGCUGUUGUGCAUGGGUCUAUAUCCCAAUGUGUGUUAUCAUAAGGAGAAGCGGAAAGUUCUCACCACAGAAUCGAAAGCUGCGCUGAUUCAUAAAACAUCGGUGAAUUGCAGCAACUUCGAACAAAACUUUCCAUUCCCGUUCUUCGUGUUUGGUGAAAAGAUUCGCACGAGAGCUGUAUCUUGCAAGCAAAUGACUAUGGUGUCGCCUAUACAUCUAUUACUAUUUGGAUCACGAAAAGUAGAAUACGUGGAUGGCGUGAUUAAACUAGACAACUGGAUCAACUUGGAUAUGGAUCCGCAACAUGCAGCAGCUAUCGUUGCUCUGAGACCAGCUUUAGAAAGUCUUGUAGUUAGAGCAUCCAAAGAUCCAGAAACGAUUCUAGAAUUGAGUCCGACUGAAGAAAAGAUAUUGAGCGUGAUUAAAGCAUUAUGCAGCAUGAAUGCUUGUCGUCACGAAUUGGAGCCGAUAAUCGGCGGUGGUUUUCAAUCAGCACGACCUCCCAGGGGACAUGUAACCGGCUUUCGCGGUAACUUUAAUACACCUCCAAAAAUGAUGCGGGGAAGUGGAGGUUACCGCGGUCCAGUUUCGAAUAACGAGUCCUACGGUGGGAAUAGCGGUUUUAAUGAUAAUCGCAGCGGUGGUUACAACAGAGGAGGUUACAACAGGGGAUAUACCAUGGGCAAUCCGCGCGGUCGAGGUGGAAAUUGGAAUAAUAGUGGCAAUCGUGGACGUUAUUUUAAUUAA